AGGAAACCAAAGAUCUCUGCUCCUACAGUUAGCGUUUGUAUUUCCACUUGUGAAUGCAAGUGUGUGUGUUUUCACAAAGUCUGAGGAUACCUUUCAGGUUGCUAGUUUUUUUUUUUUUUUUUUUUUUUUGUGGCGCAGGGUUGCAAAGUGGAGUUGAAAAGAUCUGUGGAUCUCACAGCCAUGCUUGCACGUCAUCCACGGCAAUUUCCAAACUUGGGUUGAGCUUGAACGGGAAGAUCAAUAGUAUGCUCAUUGAGUGGUUGGAAUUUUGACUAGUAUUUAGAAAUGGUGAGGUUUUCUUGAUUUGGGGAGCAAAAUGGUUCCACACGCUAGGAUUAAAAUAGGGUUAACGCUACAGUGACCUUCUCAUCCUCUGUAUAUAUGGAUACUGUCGGACCCCCUCCUGUGUACUUGACGUAACACGUCUGCUUGCCAGAGGACACCUGCCGACUCUCAGACUCCAACAUCACGAGUCGGUGAAGAGUAAUUUGUCGCAGCAUGCUUAACAGCACCAGGAAGAGCCUCAUUCAUACCCCCUUUCUGAUUCUCUGCGAUGCAUGAAACUUGAACUCAGGACAGAAUACAGGAUGAAUGGAGUCAAACAACGGCAAGACACAGAGAAGCAAGGGAGACUGACGGAAAACCAGAACAGUGGAGGCAGAGAUGACAAAAACAAAAGCUGCCGUGCCCGACGUGUGAUUAACACGUUGAUGGGCCAGGCCAUAACAAGCUAACUGCUCCUGGUGAGCAUGGCAACAUCCGUCAUCAGAGUGUAAAUUGGUGACGAGGCAACACUGCAGCGCGCGUCUGCUCAUUAGCGAUUCUGUACCGCUAUACAAACAAGGCUUCAAAAACAAGGACGAAUGUCAUAGGAUGAAAACUGCUGGUGGGGUGUAUCUGUCUGUGCUGUCCUCUCUCCUGGCUGCGCUUGGGGCCCUGGCUGCUGUGUCCGCCCUCGCUUUGGCUCCUCUGUCCGCCCUGGCCAACGUUGCCUAUGGGGCCACCGAUGUCAUCCCCGGUGCCGGGGUAGCGGGACCCCCCUCACCCAUUUCCACUUCGUGCUCCAGCUUGGUAGCUGGGGUGCUCUAUGGCUCUUUCUCCCUAAGGGAACUUUUCCCCUCCAGGGCUCCAGGGUGCUCCUGGUCCCUGGAAAACCCGGAUCCCACCAAGUAUUCCCUCUACCUCCGCUUCAACCGCCAUCCUUCAAUCUGCCGGACGUACUCCCCCAUGCUGCUUUCUCUUGAUCACCACCUGGCCAAUCAAAGCUGCCCGCUUCACUUAGAGGCAACUUCAAUUCCGGAUCAAGAAGUCAUCGAUCUCUGUAGAAGCCACUCCAACUCGGAUGCUCUUUACUCCUUCCUGCAGUUUGAUAAGAACUUCGUGCAACUAUGUUUAAGCAGACAUCCAGCCGCAGACCAACCUCAGGUAUCCAAGGAUUUACUGGAGAUGAGGCUGGUGGAGGUUUUACUCAUUAACAACGAGAACUCAAGUCAGUUCACCUGCGGCGUGCUAUGCCGAUGGUUUGAGGAAUGUUUACGAACUGGUGACCGCAAAGAAGAGGAUGUCCUGACACGGGAUGGUUGUGGAUUGACACAGACGGGCUGCAUAUGUCCAAAUCACAAUAUCAUGCCACCUUCUACCCCGCUGAUACCUGAAUCACCUCACAGUUUCAGCAACGGUUCACUGGUUCCGGAUGACUGCUGUGUGACUGAACUCCAUUCUAAAGACGCAAUCGUCAUAGCGCCCAGAGAAGUUCGACAAGACCCGUAUGACGACGACUUGAAGGUGAAGACGCAAAGACCGAGAUCAGCUGACCAGCCAGGUGUGUUUCAGGCACAAACAGGCGACCCGGCAGCUGAGGAAUGGUCUCAGUGGAGCGUGUGCUCUCUGACGUGCGGACACGGCUGGCAAGUGAGGACGCGCUCGUGUGUUUCGUCCCCUUACGGAACGCUGUGCAGCGGUGCCCUGCGAGAGACGCGCAUGUGCAACAAUACGGCUUCCUGUCCCGGGGAACCAGGGAUAAUAAGCUCAGUGCAUGGACUGUGGCACGAGUGGUCCUCAUGGAGUCUGUGCUCUGUGACUUGUGGGCGGGGCUCCAGGACUCGAACCAGGAAGUGUGUGAACGAAGGUGGGGCAGUGCCUUGCGGAUGGCCCGAGACGCAGACCAAACUCUGCAACAUAGCAGUGUGUCCUGUGGAGGGCAAAUGGUUGGAGUGGGGCCCCUGGUCGAGAUGCAGCGUCUCCUGCAACACGGGCACCCAGCAGAGGCAGAGACGCUGCAGCGGGUCCGUGCACGGCUGGGCCGAGUGCAAGGGCCCCCAUCAAGAGAACAGAGAGUGCACCAACCCUUCAUGCACUGGUGGGGGCAACUGGGGCAGCUGGAAUCCCUGGAGCGACUGCAGCAAGACAUGUGACUCCGGGUGGCAGCGGCGCUCCAGGACGUGCGAGGGCAACGGGGAGCAAGGGUACCCCUGCGAGGGCUCGGCUGAGGAGGUUCGGUCCUGCAAUGAAAAGAAGUGCCCUGCUCCUCACGAGAUAUGUAAAGACGAGAACCUCCUCACCAUCUCAUGGAAGAGAGCCUCAGCUGGCGAAACCGUUUACAACAAGUGUCCAACAAACGCUACUGGAUCUGCUAGUCGUCGUUGCAUGCUGGACAAUAAUGGAGUUGCUUUCUGGGGUCCUCCGAGCUUCGCCAGAUGCGUCUCAGUUGAAUAUAGAUAUUUACAUAUAUCUUUACGAGAGCAUCUCGCGAAGGGUCAGAGGACCCUGGCCGGGGAGGGGAUGUCUCAGAUCGUAAGAAGUCUCCUGGAGCUUUUGCAGAGGAGGAGCUACUACAGUGGCGACCUUCUCUUUUCCACGGAGAUCUUGCGAAAUGUGACGGACACCUUCAAAAGAGCAACGUACAUCCCAGCUCCUGACGACGUGCAGAAAUUUUUCCAGAUAAUCAGCCACAUGUUGGACAUGGAAAACCUCGAGAAGUGGGAAGACGUGCACCAGGUCGCCCCCGGUGCCGCCUUGUUGAUGAGAAUUUUAGAAGAUUUCAUUCAUCUCAUUGGCGAAGCCCAAAAGCCUUUCCAGAGUUUUUUAGUUGUUACCAACAACCUUAUGAUAACUAUCCAGCGAGAGCCCGUUUCAGCAGUUUCCAGUGAUAUUAACUUCCCCGUGAAGGGCCGGAGGGGGAUGAAGGACUGGGCAAGAACAGCAGAGGACAAGCUCUAUAUCCCGAAGGAGGUCUUUACUGUACCAAAUGAAGAGGCGGAGACAAAUUCCGAGUCAACGAUGUACUAUGUCAUUGGCGCCAUCCUGUACAGAACGUUGGGCAAUAUUUUACCAGCACCAAACCAACCUGCAGUGAUCAACUCCAAGAUCCUGACAGUGACAAUCCGACCGGAAUUACAACCCGGUGAUCCUGUGGUGGUGGUGGAGCUCGCUCCCCUUUUCAAUGGUACAUCCGAUGCUCAGUGCGUCGUCUGGGACUACGGCAACCCGGAAGCUGGUGCUGAAAACUGGGGCACAGAAGGCUGCCAAACGCUCACAUCAACCACUGUCCAAACCAAAUGCCUGUGCAGCAGGAUAUCCACCUACGCUGUGUUAGCGCAGCAAGCUAAAGAGCCGGAAAUGGGUCCCACUGGCAUGCCCUCGGUGCCCCUCAUGGUGGGCUGUGGGGUCUCCUGCACCGCUCUGCUCAUCCUCCUUCUUAUCUACGCUGCCUUCUGGAGGUACAUCCGCUCAGAGAGGUCCAUCAUCCUGGUGAAUUUUUGCCUUUCCAUCCUGGCCUCCAAUUUAUUGAUUUUAGUGGGACAAUCACAAACCCUCAGCAAGGGCCUCUGUACGGUGACUGCUGCCUUUCUCCAUUUCUUCUUCUUGGCCUCGUUUUGCUGGGUGCUGACUGAAGCUUGGCAGUCCUACCUGGCGGUCAUCGGCAAAAUGAGGUCGCGACUCAUUCGCAAGCGCUUUCUGUGCCUCGGCUGGGGUCUUCCAGCCUUAGUCGUAGCAGUGUCGGUCGGGUUCACCAGAGCAAGAGGUUACGGCACUGUCAGCUAUUGCUGGUUAUCCCUUGAAGGAGGUUUGCUCUACGCCUUUGUUGGACCUGCUGCUGUCAUUGUAUUGGUGAAUAUGCUCAUUGGGAUCGUGGUGUUUAACAAGCUCAUGGCUCGAGACGGCAUUUCAGACAAGUCAAAAAAGCAGCGAGCGGGUGUCCCGGUGGAGGCGCGUAGCCGACUUCUCCUGAAAUGCUCCAAGUGCGGCGUGAUCUCGAGCACAGCACUCUCCAGCUCGACUGCCAGCAGCGCCAUGGCGUCUCUGUGGAGCUCCUGUGUGGUUCUUCCUCUGCUGGCCCUCACUUGGAUGUCAGCUGUGUUGGCUAUCACAGAUCGCCGCUCCACACUUUUCCAGGUCCUCUUUGCUGUCUUUGACUCGGUCCAAGGUUUCGUAAUCAUCACUGUGCACUGCGCCAUGCGAAGAGAGGUGCAGGAUGCGAUGCGCUGUCGGAUGGGGGGAUGCAAAGACGACAGCGAAAACUCGCCAGACUCCUGCAAGAACGGACAGGUGCAGAUCAUGACCGAUUUUGAGAAGGACGUGGACUUGGCAUGCCAAACAGAGAGAGGACACCCAUUCAUUUUCAAGGAAGUGAACACCUGUAACCCAGCCACCAUCACUGGUACCUUGUCCCGGAUAUCCCUGGAUGACGACGAUGACCCCAAACUUGCUGUUCAUCAGGACGGGGGAGUUGGGGUCAACUUCAGCUCCCUUCCUGGGAACAUCCCCCCUCCCAACCUUAUCGUGCAGGUUCCACCACUUGGAGGGCUCAAUGAGCUGAGCGAGACACCACUGAAGAAGGAGAUGAAUGUCGAUCAGCAGAGACAACAGGCGCAGCAGCGCUGCGGCGCGCCAAUCUACUUGUGCACCGAGAGUGGCCUGGGGUGGGCGAGACCGCCCGGCUCCUCCAACACCUCCCAGGAUGGAAGUGCUGGAAGUGGGGGGAGUGGCGGCGGAGGAGGCAGCGGAGGAGAGGGGGACUACAUGGUCUUACCUCGACGGACAGUCAGCAUCAAACCUCCAAUGCCGUCCUCCCAAGGAGGAGGCCUGGGACUGGGAGGCGAAGACAAGCCUCUCAACAUCGCCGUGGAGGACCCCCCCUUUCCUCCUCCCCCAUCUCCCUUGACCCUCCAUCCUGCUGAGAGCGAGGCCUACCCGGCGGACUUUGUGCCGUCCAGUGUGGCCGACAUGAACAUCAACAUGAACCUGAACCGCUCCUACGGGACAAUCAAAACGAUGCCCCACGGACACGGCCACGUGAUGGCUCCGGGUGGUCUUGUACGCUCCCACGGAGGCCACAUGCAUACUCAUGGGCAUUCGCUCCAGCUGAAGCCAGGCCAGAGGCCGUCCGUCAGACAAAUUCUGACUGGGGGAACCACGAUGGAGAGAACCAGAACCCUGCCACGCAACCUGGGCAGUAACAAUGCCAAUGCUAGCCACUCAGCGGGAUCCCUCGAGAGGAAAAGAGUACGAUACUCUGAGCUGGACUUUGAGAAAGUGAUGCACACUCGCAAAAGACACUCUGAGCUGUACCAUGAGCUCAACCACUCCUCCAAGUUCCACACCAUAGACAGGUAUAGCAGGGACCCGGCCAUGUCCGCAUUCAAGAAGGAAAAGCGAUGGAGCAUUUCAUCUGCUGGAGGUGAAAAGAACUCAUCCAGUGACAAGUCGAUCCCGGAGGACAGAAGCUCGUGGGACAGUUUUAAGACCAUGACCCCCGAGCUGACCAUCAUGCCGGGGGAGCAGAAAGACCGCAUGGAGCUUCACAAUAAGAACUGGGACUCGUCUUCUGCAAAUACCCCGGACUCAUCUGAGGGUGACUUCCAGACUGAAGUGUGAUUGCCCUCCAAUGUCCACGCACAGACAUCAAGGCACUGAACUCCAGAAGAGAUUUACUUCAAAACACAUUUGAAAAUACACACAUAAGGACAAAUACGUCUCCCGCAACAGGCUCUGUUGGAUUCCGGGCUCACUUUGUUUACUGCUGCAGUGGACAGACAUGAAGAAAAGACUGUUCUAAUCUAUAUUUUCACAGAGACUACUCAAAAGACAGAACAGGAACUUGACGCGUCUGUGACUGAAGACCAUUUUUAAGUGAACGAAGAAACUCUGAAAGUGUAUUUCAAAGAAAAUGUUCAUUGCGGACAGCAACAACAACAACAAACAAAACAGUUACUUGAUUUUCUGUGGGGGGGGGAACAAAAGGAAGACUUUCUGCACCGUUCAGCUCUUUUUAUAGCGAUGGGAGGGGGGGGGGAAAUCUCACACAGUUGACACCCCCCUCCCACCUCAUGACCCCCCAGCCACUCUUGCUUUCAUUUAAUUACUUUGCCCCUCUAAUCAAUGAUACAAACAUUGUAGUUCUCAGUAUUUUCUCUUAUUUUCUUAUGUUUCACUUGUUUUUCUUUUUUUUAAUGCUCUUUCAUUUGGAGAGGUUGGGGUUAGGGGAGUGGGAUAAGCUGUUCACAAAUAUGUGCCAUCCUCUUAUUCAGGUUUCAGGUCAAAAGUCCCAUCUUGACACCCCGCACACAUCCUGUGUUAACAUUGCAUUCCACGUUUUGUGUAUUUUCUAUGGUUUAAUUAAAUAAAUGUCCUCCCGUA